AUGGCUACGACCACAGAGCCCUCCACGUCGAAUCGUGUCUAUUCUCCAUCUGGCAUACUCGCUAGUCUACCUCCUGCAUUAGUUCCAUAUGCCGAAUUGAUCAGACUUUCGAAACCCACUGGAGUACUCAACAUUACUUUGCCAUACAUUUUUGGUGCACUGUAUAGCGCUUUGGCACAACCCGUCGAUGUAUCAUUUCUCUUGCAACGUAUCACUCAGCUACUAGUUGCUGGAUUUAUACUUCGUGGUUUGGGCUGCAGUUGGAACGAUAUCAUCGACCGUAACAUCGACCGACAGGUUGCGCGAACUCGCCAUCGACCUAUGGCGCGGGAAGCUAUCAGCGUUCAAGCUGCAUUGCUGUUUACAGUGGGCCAAUAUAUUGUCUGGUUAUCGAUGGUAUCUGUCCUUGUACCCAAUCACUGGGGAUACACGAUUCCACUUACUGGGAUGGUCAUCUUCUACCCAUUCGCGAAGCGCGUUACCUACCAUGCACAAGUCAUUCUCGGGAUUACUUUGGCUCUGGGAGUUCCAAUUGGAGCCAGUGCAAUGGGCAUGGAUCCAUUCCGAAGCACCUCAACGAUGUUGUCACUUCCUAUUCAGCAUGAUUACCAGCUAGGCAUUGCAUCUCUAUUCGUCAUCUAUGUCCUUUGGAGUGUUGUUCAUGAUACCAUUUAUGCACAACAGGAUAUUCAAGAUGACUUGAAGGCUGGUGUUUACUCCAUGGCAGUCUACUACCGCAACCAUCUCAAGCUUAUGCUUGGGGGCGUUAGUGUCAUUAUGGUCCUUCUGCAGAUAUAUGCAGGGGUGGCACUCAACGCGCACCUGGCUUAUCAAGUUAUUGCUUCAUUUGGUUCUGCUGUGGUGGUGGCAGCGAUGCUUCGUGCUGUAGACAUUGAGUCUUCCGAUGAAUGCGAGUGGUGGUUCCGAAAUGGAAGCCUCGCCUGGGGAGUUGCUGUCACUGCCGGUCUUUGUGCCGAUAUCAUGUGUCGCGAAGUAUUGGUUAUUCAGCUUGUUUCCUAA